UCUGAGCGCCGGUACCGUGACAACCGGACUCUUUGUGUAUUUACUGUGUGCUCUGAGCCCCGGGAUGUCCAGCCUGCGCUUUUUAAAGACUCUGGUGACCGAGAGGCUAACGGCGGCGGCGGAGGAGAUCCUGGUGCUGGUGGAGAGGGUGAUGGUAGAGUACCAAGAGGAGCUGACCCGUCUGUCCAGACCGGCUGACUGGAAGCGGAGUUCGGACGGAGAUCCGCCGCCGAGCCGCAGACUCACAGACGCUCAGUGGCUCGAUGGCUUCGAUCUCCAGCAGCAGGAAGAUGUGGGACAGCUGGAGCCACUCACCAUCAAGCAGGAACAGGUGUGGAGUGGGCCGGAGGAGCAGCCAGAGACUCCCACCAUCAAACAGGAGCAGGAGGGGGAGGAGCAGGAGGAGGUGUGGAGUGGCCCUGAGAUUCAUGCUGAAGCUCCUCAGAUGACGGUGGAGCAGGAGGCCAAAGGCUUCAUCUACAGCCUGGAGUGUAAGCGCGAGCAGCCUCAGGUGGAGGCUCUGAAGGCGCAGCUGAAAGAUGAGAACAUCCUGCCGAGCACUUCCUCAAAGCUGACUUUUGCACCACAGUUCAACCCCCCGGCAGACCUCCCGGCUCCUGCAGCCGCUCAGACUCAAGACGCUGACAGCAGCAGCACUUCCUGUUGCUGUAAAGUUUGCGGUAAGACGUUCAGCUACCGCGGGUUUCUGAUGAACCACGUAGAGAUCCACGCUAACGAAGAGAACUGCCUCUGCGGCGUUUGUGGAAACCUGCUGCCCGACAGAAAGAAACUGCUGGAACACCUGCAGACUCACGUCAAGAUCCACGUCUGCCAGUUCUGCAGCAAAACCUUCCGGGGGCAUAUCGAGCUGGAGGUGCACACGCGCAGCCACACGGGCGAGAAGCCAUUCAGCUGCCACGUCUGUGGGAAGAACUUCAGCCGCAAAGGCAACAUGGCGAUCCACAUGAGGACGCACACGGGCGAGAAGCCACACCGCUGCGGCGUAUGCGGGAAGUGCUUCAACAUCACCUCGUCUUUGAUCCGUCACUCCAGGACACAUUCUGGAGAGAAGCCCUACAGCUGCCGCUUCUGCUUCAAACGCUUCACCAGCAGCUCAGACAUGAAGACCCACAUGAGGACGCACACCGGAGAGAAGCCCUACACCUGCCCCGUCUGCGGAAAGGGCUUCCCCCUCAGCACGCCGCUCAAAUACCACAUGAAGCACCACACGGAGGAGCAGCCAUACCGCUGCAGCAAGUGCAGCAGGUGCUUCAGUGACGUCUACACACUGCGACGACACAUGAAGACUCAUGGCGAGAAGCCACUGUGACAAAAUCAAACCAUUUGAAGCCUGGAGUUUGUUCUUUUACUCCUGUUGUCAUGUUUAGCUGUGAUUUCAGACAGGAAGUCCUAAUAUGGUUAAAGGGGUGGAGCCAAAAUCAUCACAGCUGAAUCUGACAGGGUGGGAAGGUUCGUUUUUUAGUUAGUUAGUUUUUGAACAGCCUUUCAGACAAAUGUGCUUUUGGGCCAACGGGAUGCUGUUCAGACUAUUGGGAUUUUGAAUUUAUGGGGUGACUUUUCAUCUGCUCUUUUUUCUUCCCGUUUGUUUUGUUAUACUAAUUUUGGCCACUAGAGGCUGAAGUGCACCUCAGGACUAAAGUCAUUCUCCGCGAACUCUAAACACAAAGUUAUUGUCAUGUCUAGAAGUGGCUAUAAGUGUUUUUAAUCAGCAUCAAUCAGUGGUCAGCAUUAGCUAGGCUGAUGUCAUGCUAGCUAGCAAGUGAGAAACGUAUUAAUUUGAUGUUCAUGGGUAAGCAACAGGUACAAGCUGUUUAUUGGGAUCUUAUUCAUGAUAACAUAAUGAUGUCGCCCCUUCUCAGUGGAAUAUUAAAAAAAUCAAAAAUAAAAAUAACAGCAUUGUUGCUUCAUAAGAACGUCCCAGGUUCGAGUCGCCGGCGGGGGCACUUUCCAUGUUCUCGCUGCACAACUGCACUGGUGUGGCUUUUCUCCGGGUGCUCC